GCAUCAUCCGUACUCGCACUUCACCUCUGUGUGGCGGCUCCCAUCCCCCGCCUUUUCGACACAACUACCACCGGCCGAGGACUCGACGGCGCUCUUUUGACUGGUUUUCUUUCUUACACCGUGGCAGCGUUGAGUGCCAGCUGCACGGAUAAUGGCUUCAUUACUGUUCGCUUCCAGGCCUUUAGUUCCGACAUUACCUUCAAAACUCCUACCGGCAUUCGCUAAUCUACUCUCCAAUCCAUGUGUCUUCCUCCGACCCUCGCAGCACCAGAAGGUGCAGCAACCCUUCUCCCAACGUAGUUUCUCGAUUGCUGCCUCCAGCGGAUCGGUGAAGCCAGGACAACUUACCCCGAGUCAUGCUUCGUUAAUCCGUCCUCCCCGUGAUCUCAGCAACGGCAGCCCCGCCUUCGCUGAAUGUGUGUCAUCGUCGAUCCUCCGAAAGACAGCUACUAGCUUCGUAUCCCGGAAUUUCUCGUCGUUGGCUCCGGGCCCGUUCAAUCGUAUCAAUGCCGCCCCUCGGCACCCUCAGCAGUCUCGGAUUCGUGCUAUGACGUCUUUCGGCGGAGCUCCUUCGCAGGCUACUCUUUACCGUGCCGAGCAGGUUGCCAACAGCAGUCCACAGAACGCUUAUGCCCAGGAACGCUUCUACGAUCUCUUGCUUCGAGCCGGUCUUCCUCAGGUCGUUGCUGACCGCUACCAAAGCGGAAUAUACGCUACAAACAAAGGUUGUGAUGACAAAUACGGACGAGCACUAGAAAAACUUUCAAUAGCCGAAGAUGCUGGACUUACGAUGGACGGAACCGCUGCAUACGCUGCCGGACGAUCUGGUGUCGGAGCUGCCGAGCGAGCGCAAGCUAUCGGUCAGGCAGUUGCCGCUCGCACUCGUGGCGGAAACGUUUCGAUCAACCAUGGCAAGACUACCGGCGGCUCGGGUGGUAGGGAGGAUCCAAUCUACGUUGUGGUUGACGAGUCCAUUGGCGGGUCAAUCUUCAAGUGGAUCAAGUUCCUCUUCUACUUUUCGCUCGUGGGCUACAUCGCUCUGGUCUUCCUAUCCCUUGCUGUCGAAUUCACUGGUGUCCUGAAGAGUACCCGCGGUCCCGCGAACAACGAGGCGACGGCUUCCCAGCAGACUGCUCGAUUCAGUGACGUACACGGUUGCGAUGAAGCAAAGGAAGAGCUUCAAGAACUCGUUGAUUUCCUGAAGGAUCCAAAGCAAUUCUCGACUCUUGGUGGCAAACUACCCAAAGGUGUUCUCCUUGUUGGGCCUCCCGGUACCGGAAAGACGCUUCUCGCCCGUGCCGUGGCCGGAGAGGCUGGUGUUCCCUUCUUUUUCAUGUCUGGCAGUGAGUUCGACGAGGUCUAUGUUGGCGUUGGUGCUAAGCGUGUCCGUGAGCUCUUUGCUCAAGCCCGCGCAAAGGCACCUGCUAUCGUGUUCAUCGACGAAUUGGAUGCUAUAGGAGGAAAGAGGAACGAAAGGGAUGCUGCCUAUGUCAAACAGACCCUCAAUCAGCUUUUGGUCGACCUCGAUGGAUUUUCGCAGAACAGUGGUGUCAUCUUCCUCGCCGCAACCAACUUCCCUCAGAUGUUGGACAAGGCGUUGACUCGACCGGGACGAUUUGACCGGAGCGUCACUGUUCCGUUGCCCGACGUCCGUGGUCGUAUUGCAAUCAUCAAGCACCACAUGAAGAAGAUUCAGGCUUCCGAUACCGUCGAUCCCUCUCUUCUGGCACGCGGAACACCCGGCUUUUCUGGCGCUGCCCUUGAGAAUAUGGUCAAUCAAGCCGCCGUUCGUGCUAGCAGAUUGAAGGCUAAAGGUGUCAACAUGGAGCAUUUCGACUGGGCCAAGGACAAGAUCAUGAUGGGAGCUGAGAGGCGCUCUGCCGUGAUCCCGCCCAAGGAGAGAAAGAUGACUGCGUAUCACGAGGGUGGACACACUCUGGUCGGUCUCUUCACCGAAGGUCAUACUCCCGUCUACAAGGUUACAAUCCUGCCGAGAGGACAGGCUUUGGGCAUCACGCACUAUCUCCCCGAAGGUGACCAGUUGAGCAUCACUAAAAAGCAGUGCAUGGCUCAAAUCGAUGCUGCGCUCGGUGGCAAGAUCGCCGAGGAGAUCGUUUACGGACCCGACAACGUCACUGGAGGCUGCGCGUCGGACCUCAGUGCCGCAACUCGGAUCGCACGGAUGAUGGUGACACGCCUCGGCAUGUCGGAAGUCCUUGGAGACGUCGACCUCUCGGAUGACCGUGAAUUGUCGUCAGAAACCAAGUCCUUGAUCGAGAAUGAGGUGAAGAGGCUCAUCAACGAUGCCCGAGGACGCGCUACGAAGCUCAUCAUGUCAAAGCGCAAGGAAUUGGACAUGAUUGCCGAAGCUCUGAUCGAAUACGAGACGCUGAGUGCCGAUGAAAUCCAGAAAGUGCUCAGAGGCGAGAGGCUUCCUGGCAAGGAGCUGAUCAAGAAGGUGCCGAUAAAGAUACCCGACGGUGUCUACUCGGGACCUACGCUCGAAGGUGGCCCCGGCAACACUGGCGAGGUGCAGCCAACGAUUGUCCCUCCUACUACUGCUACUAGCGGAGAGAAGAGUGUGUAAGAAUGGAGAUGAGUUUGCAUCCAGUAUCUAGAAGUCUUUGUGCAAUGUGUGUUUUUUUAUUGGCCGUUACCCUUUUCUUUUUGUGUUUUCUUUACGGUUUGUUUUUCUCCACGCCAUGACGCUGUGCCUGGACUCCCUCUCCCUAUUUCUAUCUCCAUUGUUUUCCUUUUGUAUCUGCAUCACCGCAGCUGGGUUCGGUUGGGCCGAGAUGGGUUGAGGAUGGGUUGGGGGCGUGAGAUUUGCAUGAUUGCUGUUUGACACGAUUGAUGCCAGCUUGAAUCCCGUUGCCCGUGUACGUCUAUACGCAUAUGUAUUGCUUUCGUUGUACAUACUAGGUACGGUACGCACCGUGAUAGAAUCGAAGGAGGAGCUCCCGAAUCUGGUAUUAAUCCAAUCGCCAG